CAGCCUCACGACCAUUCUGGGGAGAUGAAGCCGGAUGGAGUUGCCACAGCGGCGAUGGAGCCAAUGGAGACGUUGGAGUCCAACCCAGUGAAUGAGGCGGCGCCCCCCAUGGAGCAGGAGCCCGACCAGGCAACCGUUCCAGCCGGGGAGGAGACGAUACAGCAGCAGGCCGGUCAGGGGGAGCCGCAGCCCAACGCGGACAAGGAGCCCCCGGCUGCCAAGACCAGCACCAAGACCUCUGGAGACUCCAAAGCCAAGGCCACCAACAAGGCACCGGCCAAGACGAAACCCGCCACCCCCGGCGCGUCUAAGCCCACGUCUGGCUCCCGGCCAAACUCCUCCAUGAGUCGUAUCGCCAACGGGAAGCCUCAGACCAACGGCACGACCAAGAAGGCCACGCCCGCGGCGGACAAAAAGAGCGCGCCGGCUUCAGCUCCGACCAAAAAACCACCCGGGACAACUGGGGCCGCAGCCUCCAAGAGCUCAGCUAAAGUGGGGGAGAAGAAGCCCCCCGCGGCCGGUCUGGGCAGCAGCGGGGCAAAAACGACACCCGGAGCGCCAGCAGCCAAAAAGACGCCGUCGACCGCUGCAAACGGGCUCAAAUCCACCACGUCUGCAGCUGCUGCUAAAAAGCCCGCAGCUGCCAAGCCUUUGUCUGCGACUCCCACCAAGCCAGGCUCUGUUGCCUCACCCAAACCGGAUAAGCCUCUUGUUUCCAAGGCAACCAGGCCCACCACUGGUGCGUCGGCAUCGUCCCGCCCUGCCACCGGCUCUUCUCACUCUGUCGGGACAGCCAAGAACUCCACAGCUGCAUCCAAACCUGCCACUCCUAAAACCGCCCCCACCACCGCCAAGGCUGCUACUCCCAAAUCAACCUCCACUACACCCUCUGGUGGCAAACCUCUAGUAUCACAAACAUCCAGAACCACAACCUCCGUGAAAAGAGAUGUGACCAAACCAGCCACUUCAGCAGCCAAAAAGCCCGCAGAUUCCCCCCUCUCUCGCCCGUCCUCCACAACAAAGUCGGUAAAACCCGACACUCCCAAGUCGGCCUCAAAAUCAGACGUCGCCACCAAAAAGCCUACUGCCAGCAAAGCUGCAGAAACAAAGACGUCCACCCAGCGCCCCAAACCGGCCACACCUUCCAAGGAGCCCUCCAAGACCCCCGGCACCAAAAAAGCUGCAACCAAGACGCCCGUUCCCAAGAAGACUGUGGGAAGUAGCACUCCCACUCCUGUCAAACGGGGCCCUAAAGCUGCCACGGUGGACGAGCCCGUGAAGGAAACGGCCGAAGUUGUGGCCGAGGCCGUAGCUGCCGCCGCAGCGCUCGCCGCCGAAGCCGUCAUGGUCGCAGGACUCGGGGAGCCUCAGCCUCCCGUCGAGGCUUGUGAGGAGCAGCCCGCUGCAGGUCCCGAGGCAGGGAAAGAGCCGGUGCUAGAAUCUGUACCUGAGGCAGUGUCGGAGCCUGUUAAGGAGCCGGUUAAGGAGCCCACUCCUGAGCCAGCGAAGGACCUGACUCCUAAGCCAGCGAGGGAACCCACUCCUGAGCCCGUUAGGGAGCCAACUCCUGAGCCCAUUAGGGAACCAACUCCUGAGCCCAUUAGGGAACCAACUCCUGAGCCCAUUAGGGAACCAACUCCCGAACCCAUUAGGGAACCAACUCCUGAGCCCAUUAGGGAACCAACCCCUGAGCCCGUUAGGGAGGCCUUUAGGGAGCCAACUCCCGAACCAGCAGCAGAACUUCAUCAGACAUCAGCAGCGUGGGAAGCUGAACCGGUCCGCGAGCCCGUCACCGAUGUUAAGACGUCAGCCCAGGUGGACCCUUUCAAAUUUGCGGAAUCUCCCAGUAACUCGGCUCCGUCUCUUGGAACCACCGUCAUGUCGCCCCCCUGCUCCCCAGCAGGCCCCGCCUCUCCUGUCAGAGAGCUGCAGGACGCCUCCUCUCUGCUGGACAUGGAUGCCCAGCCUGACACCUGGGACAGGAACCAGGCGCUUGUCGGUUUCGCUCCCCGAAGCCCAGUGAACGCCGCGUGCUUCCAGACGGAGAGAGAAAAAGAAAAUGUCCACGGGUUUGAAUCGCAGGAGGAGGAGGAAGAGGAGGAUAAGGAGAACCUGUUUAUGCCUUCCUCCACAGCUGCAGGGGCCUUUUCCGCUGCCCCGCAGCACCACUUUCUGGGUGCCUCGCCUCUGGAUGACUUCCCUGCUAAAGAGCUGAUCUCCCCCCUCGAAAAGGAGGAGGCAGUGGAGAAGGCGGACGAGGAGAUCAACGAGGACAUCGAAGAGGAGGAGGAGGACGACGAAGAGCAGCGGCGGCUCGGCCACCAGCUGUCGGCGGCGCUGACGGACAUGAGCGUGUCGCAGCCCUCCGACGAGUUCCCGCCGCGCUCCUCGGCGUUCGGCGGCUCGGCCGGCUGGCCCGCCGACGACCUGCUGUCCGGCCUGGACUCGGAGGACGUGAGCAGCUGCACCAGCAGCCGGCAGCAGGGCGUGUCGGACAUGAGCAGCACGCAGCACACCGCCCUGCUGGAGGGCACGCAGAGCUCCGACGCGCUCAUCGACUCCAGCCUGCGCGGCUCCGAGGGCGACGGCAACCUCAUGGGCUCCCCCAACGUGGAAACGCUGGCCAACGAGGAAGAGGAGGACGAGGAUGAGGACGAGCGGGUGGACGACAUGGACAUGAGCUCGGAGAAGGUGGAGGAGCACCACGCCGGGUUCCGGCAGCACGACGAGGAGGAGGACGACGACGUGGAGAUGCACAGCGAGGGAGUGACGGAGAGCUGCGGGAACGCCGACGACGACGACUUCAACGAGGAGCGCCUGGACAACCUCAACUUCUCCGCCCCCCCGGCCCCGUCCUGGGGUCAGACCAACCCCUUCGCCGACCCCUGGGCCCAGCCGGCCUCGGUGCUGGACGUCUCCUCCCCGAGCCCGCUGUCUGAGCACGGCGCCGCCGAGUCGGAGACGCCCACCCAGUCCCCCGCCCAGGCCCGCCUGGACAGCGCCGCGCCCCCCUUCUCCCCCCAGUCGGAGAUGGAGCCCCGGCACCCGCGGGCCGAGGAGGCCCAGAGCCCGGCCCCCGAGGCCGUUCCCGACCUGCUGGCCGCCCCCGCCGUCGGCAUGUCCCAGUCCAGCACCCUGAGCGGCACGGCGCUGGCCGCCCACAGCGGCAGCGAGACCAGCACGCCCGAGGAGCUGCGGGACUACGACAGCAGCUCCGGCGUGGAGUCGCGCUCGGACAAGCAGCACACCCCGGUGCCCGCCGCGCUGCAGCCCGACAUGGACCAGGACCUGGGGAUCCACAUGGAGAAGGGCGACGGCGAGGAGGAAGAGGCGGAGACGCUGCCCGCUGACGAGGUCCUGGGCACGGGGCCGCCCACCGCCCCCGCCUCCACCCCGUCCUCGCCCUCCACCUCCGGCGACGAGGCCAGCGACACGGAGGGCGAGAUGCAGAUCAACGACCCCGAGGCCCCCAUCACGAUGGACCAGCGGGUGGGGUUCGACAGCCCCCCCCCAAACUGCAGCCUGCCGGCUCUGGAGGAGGACGAGGAGGCGGGGGACGCGGCGGCGGCGGAGGGCGAAGAGGACGGGGGCGGAGCCACGCCCCAGUCGGCCAACUCGGUGGCGUCCUACGGCUUCGACUGCACCACCUCCAACUCCAACGCCCACUCCAUGGCCGAGAGCUGCGGGAAGAGCCCCGGGAUCUUCUCCCUGGAGAACGAGGAGCAGCUUCCAGAGGAGGCCAAGGACCCCUCCCUCAUCAAGGAGCUGACCCUCCCAUCGGCGGCUGCCGCCCAGGCCCAGGACCUCCUGGGCGGCCCCGUGGACCUGGUGCCUCUGGGCCACCCCGAAGACAACUUUGCCAGUCUGGACGACCACCACUACCUGCUCGGGGGAAAUGUUUCCACGGGCCACCUGAAGGAGGUGGAUCCCCUGGAGCCCCGCCAUCACCGUGGAGACCACGUACCCGGAGACGCCCACGACAGCCAGGCCCCCUACUACUCCACCGUAUGUGAUAAGACUGAUAGUUUUCUGGAAGGAGACGAGAAGAGGCCCGAGGGGGAAGACGACCGCAACCGUUGGAACCGGAACCAGAACCAGAACCGGAAUCGCGUGGAACCGGACCUUCCCGUUGCCAACGGCCACUACCUGGCCUUGGUUCCGGGGAACAGGAGGCCCAUUGACCCGUCUCUGGCCGAGCACUUUGCCCAGGUGGCGCCCCCUAUGCCUCCGGAGGCGGAUCGGAGGGGUCUGGAGGAGGAAGAGGAGGAGGAGGAGGAGGAAGAGCGUGUGCGGGCGGAGCAGCGGCGGUGGCUGGAGCAGCAGCGGCGGGAGCUGCUGCGCCUGCAGCAGAUCCAGACCCAGAACCAGAUCCAGACCCAGAACCAGACCCAGAACCAGCCAAUGAGGAGGAGCCCCACCUCCCCGGGCCUCUGCACCAUCUACGAGGCCAUGGAGACCAGCGACGAGGAAGAGGAGGCCCAACCGGCCCGGGGGGGGUGGGGCACCCGCCCCCGGGACCUGGACUGGAACCGGAAGGUGGACAUGGUCCAGCAGCUCAUCAACCAGACCCUGAUCCUGUCCGGCGACGGGGGCUGCUGCCCCCCCUUGCUCCUGCUGCCCGUGGGCGUGGGCGGGGGCACGCUCAGCCCCCUGGAGAGCAGCAUGUGGCCCCACCUGCCCCCACAGUUCAGCCCCCCCGCCGCCACCGUCACCUCGGUCAGCAGCUACUCGCCGGACGGCCGCGGCCGCUCUCCGGCCGGGGACUGGACGGUGGUGGAGGUGGAGACCCAGCACUGA